AAAAAGGAAGAAAUGGUAGGAGGACAGACAGAGUGUAUCCAGGGGGAUACGUCAUGUGUACUGUAUUUUUGCUGGGGGACUGUUGUGGGAAUACCUGCUGGUAAAUGGCCCCUAUUCAUCUCUUGGAACUCAGGUAACUGAAAAAAUAAAGGAGCCAUUGUUUGUUGCUGAUUGUCAUGGUUUCUCCCACAAGGUAUGUGGAAGGAGAGGGGGAGAGUGAGGUGGAGAUGUUCCAGUUUUAGGUUGCAUUCUGGGCUAAAUCUGGGAGUAGGUAAUACCAAUGCAUUCUGGAAUCUUAACAAUGUCUCCCUAAAUGACGUUGAAAUAAACACAAAUGUGACAUUGUUCUGAGAGUAUUUCAAUACAACGAGAAUUGAGUUAGAAUUACAAUUAUUACAACUAUGUUGAGGCUUUUUUUUAAUAAUUUUUAUAAAUAAUACUACAAUUUCCAUAUUUUUUUAUUUACAUUACAAUUUGGGGUGCAGCUGUAAUUCAAGCCACCAUCUUGCCAUAAUCAGACACUGCUUCAUAUCUAAUCAGUUUGGGACAGCUGACACCCACAAAUCACCUGUCAAACUGAAAAUUGAAAAUCUGGGCUUCCUAUUUGCAAGCUGCUACACAUCCUCAUCACUGCAUCUCUAUCCAUACGAUCAAACGGCCAUUUACUUAUUUCUCCGUGAGAAGUCUGUAAGGUUCUCUGAAGGUCUGUGACCUUCAUCAGCAUGCAUGGUUGUGCGGGAGGCGUUUGGUUCUCCGGCUGAGAGGUGUGGAGUGCUGUUAAUUGUGAGAGAGAUUCAGAUGAUAACGACGUUUUAGAUGGAGCCCGAGUGAACCUGAGGACAGAGAGCUCUGUGGAGGAGUGAGGCCUAAUCUUCCCCGACUGGUAACCACCCUGGAACUAGCGAUAAAUAAAUCAUAGCGAAAGUGUUAGAGCAAGCCAGAAAUAGCAGCGCAGUGUCGACAGAGAGGAACAGUGGCAUGUGAAGACAAAGUGUCCAAGACUGAGGAGAAGCAGGGUUUCAGUUUUUUUUUACUGUUUUCUCUUAAGGUUUCCCAUUCAUAUCUUUGAAGUUCAUGUAUGUUUAUAGACAAUCUCUUACAGAUAAUAUACAUGUUGUUAUUUUGUAACGAUAAGCAUUUUUUUGUUGUUAUUUCAAUGAAUUCUUGAUUUAUUGUUUAAUUUUGUCAUUGGUGUUAUACAUAAUCUUGAAUGUGGCUACAUACAACCAAACACAUGUACUAAGAUUUAUGCUGCAGAUUCCUGCAGUCACGUACUCCUGUGGUGUAUUCCUGGGUUUGGGGAUUCCCUGUCUUUUGUGGAUGAUGUCAUCCUGCGGGUGUAAUCCCUGUGUGGGUUUAAUCCCUGAGAUGAAGGCAGGCUUUGGUUUUGCCACUCAAUUGGGGUCACAGACAACACGCCAGACGGACAUUAUAGUAAUCGAAUGUUCAAGCAAUAAUGCAACUUUUCUGUUAUCACUUUCAACCUACAAGUAUUUACCUCAUUGAUCCCUUGUCAUGGUCAUUUCUCAGAGCUAACCUCAUCCGUUAAAGAGGGUAUCUGUGCUAUAAUAGACUUACUGCAGAAUUAUUGAAAACCAAUUAGUAAAAUAUUACUUUGGAUUGAGUAUUAUUUUGCCCCAUUUUAUCAAAUGCAAAGUCGAAGCCUAUAGUUGUUGUGGUAACAUUAACGUGUGGGCUAUUUUAUUUUGGGACGUCCACUCAGUGCAGCUCUAAAAAGAGAUCUCCUUAGGUUCUCAUAAACAACAAUGAUAUUAAAUGUCUCUGAAAGUGGGAUUUAGGCUUAAAUAUCCUGCUUCUCAGAUGUCUGUAUGGACCAAAUUUCUCCUAUGGAGUUAAAUGAGAUAUUUCAACAGUCUAAAUGUUUAGACAUCUCAAUAUUACCUCCUGUUUAUUUCUCAGGACAACUUUGGUGUUUGAGUGUGGAGCAAUGAGCAAUCAAAGAUCCAUCUUUGACAACUAAAAUGUUCCUAUGAGUUCUCAUUCUUAACCGCAUCUCGUUGCUCUGUUGUCACCCAAGCUUCUGUUGUUGAUUUGGAAAGCCGAAGAGUGAGCUCAUAGACAAGGUCGUUCUCAAUCCCUGGCGAUUUCUGGAUGCAAGGAUUACAACCCAGUUACUAUUGAUAGGGGCAAAGUGUUCAUGUUGUAGUAGAGAUUUAGGCUUACUCCUUUCCUCUGUCCAGUAUUAUGUCGCAUAUUUGUGGGAUGACAUCAUUUUCACAGCCAUAUCGGCUGAUCCUUCAAUCCGACUACUUAAAACCCUUUACUCCCCGAAUCUUAUUGGACUCAACCCCUUUAGCACGUCCGUCUCUUCUGAUAGGAGGACACAGGCCCGGAAGGUUAGGGGUGCAAGUUGAUUAAUAAAAUGCGCCCCCUCCCUUUCGCGUCCAUCCUCACCAUCACAACGUCUCCGUCACAACCUCCAUCUCCCUCCCUCUCCGUAGACGAGACACUCCGCAGUAUAAAACCUUUAGGGGCUGGUGGAGGGUCAUGCGCCAGAUCUCCGCGGAGAAACACAGAUGAGGAAUUUAGUCGUGCUAGUUUUAAGAAAAACGCACUUCCUACGAGAAGAGCGAACAUUUGGAAACAGGACGGAGGAUAAAUAGCCUACGUAAAACGAUAGGACUGCACUCGGCGGAGGAGGCACGGAAGGAUGCAAUGAGCGGAGACGAGCGCUGACACUGAUUAUAUAAACACUACGGGAAAGCAGAAUAAUUAGUACUGUUUCGCAGUAGGACCCAAUUAAAUCUCAACUGUAAACAAUCACAAUGGGUAGUAACGACGCCUAAACCAGUAAACAGGUUGUGAAUUGGUCCCUUGCCCUCCCUGAACCCAGUAAGUCUCAUACACACACACACACACACACACACUAGAGAAGGGGAGGAUUCUUCAGAUGAACACAGCUCCUCAUGGCCUGCAUCCAUGAAACCCGCGCCCCAUCUCCCUCACUCUCCGGCUUCACCACUCCCAUCUCUGAGCCCCCUUUCCGGCGACUGGACGCAGAGUCCCCAGCCUGCACCCCGGAGACUGACCUCACGCCCACCCAGUGUGUCCUGCGCAAUGUGCUCUCCAUCCACACAGGCGAGGCACCGGAGCCUGGCGGUGGUGGAGGGGGGGGUGGCGGUGGUGGCGGUGGCGGCGGUGGCGGCGGUGGCGGCGGUGGUUGCGGGCACAGUCCAACGCCCAGCGAUGAGCCAACCGAGCACUUUGCCAACAGUGUGCUGAAGCUCCAUGAUAACGAUGGCUGCCCCAGCGCAGCCGGAGCAGAGGGGCAACGGGGCAGCCAAGGGGACGACGUCCGGCUCCAAUGCCAGUCCGGGGUCGGAGGGGGCUUCCUGGAGGGACUGUUUGGAUGCCUGAAGCCUGUUUGGACUAUGAUUGGCAAGGCCUACUCCACGGAGCAUAAACACAAUCCAGAGGUACUCUGGGAGGUUCCGUUCGAGGAGAUCUCCGACCUGCAGUGGGUGGGGAGUGGGGCCCAGGGCGCCGUUUUCCUGGGAAAGUUACACGGAGAGGAUGUGGCCGUGAAGAAAGUGAGGGACAUCAAGGAGACCGACAUCAAGCACCUGCGCAAACUGAAGCACCCCAACAUCAUUACCUUCAAGGGCAUCUGCACUCAGGCUCCCUGCUACUGCAUCCUCAUGGAGUACUGCGCCCAGGGGCAGCUGUAUGAGGUGCUGCGGGCCGGCAGGAAUAUCACUCCUUCCCUGCUGGUGGACUGGGCCAUGGGCAUCGCCGGAGGCAUGAACUACCUGCACCUCCACAAAAUCAUCCACAGAGACCUCAAGUCACCCAACAUGCUGAUCACAUAUGACGACCUGGUGAAGAUCUCAGAUUUUGGAACUUCGAAGGAGCUGAGUGACAAGAGUACCAAGAUGUCUUUCGCUGGUACGGUGGCUUGGAUGGCGCCCGAGGUCAUACGAAAUGAACCGGUCUCAGAGAAAGUGGAUAUCUGGUCAUUUGGUGUGGUUCUGUGGGAGAUGCUGACGGGAGAGGUGCCGUAUAAAGAUGUGGACUCCUCUGCGAUUAUCUGGGGCGUGGGCAACAACAGCCUGCAGCUGCCGAUCCCUGAGAGCUGCCCAGAUGGCUUUAAGAUCCUCCUGAAGCAGUGCUGGAACGUCAAACCACGAAACAGACCCUCCUUCCGGCAAAUUCUGCUCCAUUUGGAUAUAGCUUCUGCAGACAUCUUGUCCACUCCACAGGAGACAUACUUCAAAUCACAGGCGGAGUGGAGAGAGGAGGUGAGGCAGCACUUUGAGAAGAUCAAGUCUGAAGGAACGUGUCUGCACCGGCUGGACGAGGAGCUCAUCAUCCGCCGCAGAGAAGAGCUCAGGCACGCCUUGGACAUCCGUGAGCAUUACGAGAGGAAGCUGGAGCGGGCCAACAACCUGUACAUGGAGCUGAGUGCCGUUAUGCUGCAGCUGGAGCUCAAAGAGAAGGAGCUCCUCAGGAGGGAGCAGUCUUUGGAUAAGAAGUACCCUGGUCUCUUCAAGCACCACAGCUCCAGACAGAGCGGCUCUUCCAACUCUAUGGAGAAGCUCAUCAAGAAGCGCAACGUACCUCAGAAACUUCCCUCCCAUAGCAAGAGGCCUGACCUCCUUAAAUCAGAGGUCAUCCUGCCAAAGCUGGACUCCUCCAUGACGCAGGUCACUAUCCCUUCCUGCCCCAACAAAGGCUCCACCUCCCCGGGCCGCUCACGCCGCGGGAAGCCCCGCUACCGCAAAGCGGGCAAGGGAAGCAGCGGAGACCUGGCAGUCCUGAAGGCCACACUGUCCACCUCUCUGCGAGACACCUCCAACACCGCCACCACCGGUGGAGGAGGAGGCAACAACAACACCACCAACUCCUCUCAGCUCAGCAGCAAGCAGCACCUGGACCCGAGCGCUGCCCUGCGCGGGCUCCAGCAUGACCUGCUGCUGAAGAAGAUGUCCUCGUCCAGCCCUGACCUCAUCUCCACCACCCUGGAGGCAGAGGGACGGCGGCAGGAGGAGGUGCCGCUCCCGGAGCUAGACAGGGGCGGCAUGAGCGCCUUGGGCGGACUGGCAGGCGUCGGGGAUGGGGCGGACGCGGGGCUCGGCACAGAUGACCUGACGGAGACGCCGCCGCGGAGCGACACGCCCAGUGAGGACGCCAACUCCAUUCCUUUCUCCAGCAGCCCAGACUCACCCUGUGGGAGGGGGGCGGCGGCCGGGCGGGGGUCAGGGCUGGGGUCCCCACGGUUACAAGACGGGGAGGAGAAGGAGGAAGGGACGAGCAUGAUCCGGUCGCCCCGAGGGGGCACUUCACAUCUCACCCCGGCGGCCAUACUGUACAGGGCUGCAGUCACACGCAAGCAGAGACGAGGAGUGUCCUCAGAGGAGGAGGAGGGGGAAGUAGAUAGCGAAGUGGAGUUGCCACGGAGACGGCGGCCGGUGAGCAUGACAAAGUGCCAGUCCGUCUCAACCUUCAGCUCGGAGAACCUGUCCGUGUCAGACGGUGAGGAGGGCAACACCAGCGACCACUCCCACAGCGGCACGCCCGACGUGGUCAGCACCAACACGGACGAGAGACUGGAUGACAAGAGCGACGACCUGCUCUCCCAGGGCUCAGAGAUACCCGCUGACCCUGCUGACGCCUCCGACGCGGCAGACGUUGUCGACCCCGGCCAAGGCUCUGACGGGCUGUCGGAGAAAGAGGCCGCCAUCAGACACGUCCGGACGCAGCUCAACACAGGGCAGAACUGCUUUGAGAAUCAGGCCCUUUAUGACGACUCAGACUGUGACAGCGCUGAGCUAGACCACUCAGGCAGUGCCGAGCCCAGCAGACCCCCCAGCAACUGGGAGGAGCCUCAGGCCCAAGAGGAGCUCAAGAGGGCUCAAGAGGAGCAGGACGUGGAAGAGGUGGGGCCUGAGCCCUGAACAUGACACUGGAUGGGGAGGGAUGGACAAGCUUCAGUAAAGCCCCAGACCUCCUCAUCACACACAGAACACACUCAAACACACCACACACACACACACACUUACAGACAAAUCCCAGCUGUGCAAAAACACUUUACCCCCACCUCACCUCUCCCUGUGUUAUCUUACCUCCUUGCUGAGAGACUCUGGGAAUCCAUUUCGGGGGGAAAACAUCAUCAUCAUCAUCUGUCUUCACAACUCUCCCUCCUUGUUUUCUCCAGUUAAAAAAAAAACAUACUUCAGGUUAUACCUCAUAUUUUCGUUCUCAGUUAAACACGCGUUGUUAAAGAGUCCUUUAGCUUUCCUGUACAUAUUUAUUCUUAAGUGGUCAUCUGUCUCCGUGAUUCCGUUUUCCUGUUCUUGAAUCCGUUACUUGCCGGUGACUUAUUUUUAAGUUUUGCACUUAAUUUCUGAGAGAUGUGAUAGUAACAAAGAUCAAAUGUUUAGCCUGAUUGAAUCAAAAUAAUGUUUACAUUUGUAUUACUUUUAUUUUUGUGUCUUUCUUUGUUUACUUACUUUGUUUAUAGCAUAUUUUGUAUCAGGGACUGAGUUGUCAUUUUUUUUUACAUUUGGCAUGUUAAGUUAUUGACCAUGUAAAUAUUUUACCUCUUGCCAUUGUACAAAGAUCACAUUUUAAAGAGUUAUAAGCUGAUACUGUAAAAUAUGGUGCUGACAUUUUCACCAAGUUUGGGGGGAGGGGGGCUGUCAUAUUGUAUGGGAUGCCGUUGUCAUAGACAGAUUGGGAAUGAACAACCAGGAAUAAGCAAUAUUUCAGCUCCAAAUCAUUCCUCAGCAGAGAACAAACUAUGUCAGCCCUUUGGGCUGCACAACUGCAUUCUUGACUUGAUGGAUGACUCAUCCAACAUUGUAGUGUUAAUUAUAAUGGGAAAAAAAAAAAAGAAAUACAACCGCAUUACCACCUUCCAUUCUGCGUGUAAAGAACUCACCACUAGCAUCUGGGAGUGUACAGAUCAUUUUAAAAGCAUGCUUGUAAUAUAGUAUGUGUACUCCAGACUGUAUUCUGAGGUUGUUUCCGAAAGCACUCUAGGCCACACAUGGAAAACCACACUUGAUUACAGUAGGUAGACGAGCCAGUGCAGACCCAUGCAACACACCGCUCCCCAGGAUCAGAAGAGGCGUGAAGCAAGGGGGUUUGGCAAGGCUGUAGACUUGGCACAGUCGGUGAUGCCGUACUGAAUGUUAACGGAGAGCAGAGUAAUAAGGAUGAUGCUUGAAGGACCACCGAGUCAUGUGUUUGAAAGCUGACCGACUCACCACCAGACUUCCAGUUCAAUACCUGGUGCUAUUGGAGUCUCAUUAGAUUCCAGUGUAUGCCCAGCGUUGCUGAGUAACCUCCGCAUCCUUACGACCUUCCAUCAUUCACUCUGCAAGUACUGUUCUCUAAGCUAGAAAAAGGCAGCUUCCGUGUCCGUUCAAAGUUACUUGACUUAUCGGUGUUCAUUUUUAAGGAUACAAAAUAGAAUUUUAACAAAAAAAAAAAAUAAUCCCAUCACGUGUACAUUCCCCACUCACCAAAUUAUUGUCCCCUUUAAUGCAAGGGUGUUAAACUGAAUGAAAACUUAGUGUAUGUCAGAUAUUAUUCACUAAAGGUCUUGUUGCCAGUACAGCAAUAGAAUACUGCCCCCUGGUGACUGGAGGUUUAAAGGCACGUAUAUGUUUAGUACUACAGAAAAUUACAAAUUGAAAAGAACAAAAUUAAAAUGUUUGGUUUUAUACGACAUUACGUAUUGUAGCUGUGUACAAUAGAUAUAUUUAAAAAAUGAAAUUAAGAUGAAUUAAAAAUCACUCUGUUUA